ACGUAACAGCAAAGCAGAGCACUCACACGCCGUCACAGUGAAACGAGUAUAAAAGCAAUGCAAAUAGCAAUUGCCGGCAUUACCCUCCACCCUCCAGUGACGACCGCACAGCCUCACCAAUAUGAAGUACCAUAUAUUCCUGGGAUUAUUCGCGGUAGCGGCCGCUUACCCUGGCCUCAUUCACGAGGAGGCCCCGCAGCUCAAUCACCAAGCAUUAAUCGGCGAAACAGGACACCAUCACCAGAUCCAACACGAACACGCCAAGUCACACCAGUCUAUCAAAUUUGAGCAUUUCCAUCCCGUCCCCGUGUACGUCAAGAAGGAGCACAGCCAUCUUCUGCACCACCCUCUCGAGAAGGGCCAAAGCGAGUCAAACUUAAAACAGAUUCACCCUGAAACCCAACAAGCUCAUGGUUACGGGCUAGUUCUGGAAGACCACAGACUGAAUACUGACCACCUCUCCGCUAACCUUGGACAAGGAGACUACUCUGCUGGUCUAGAGCAUGGAGGUAUCCAGCAUGGAGGUUUCGAGCAUGGAGGUAUCCAGCAUGGAGGUUUCGAGCAUGGAGGUAUCCAGCAUGGAGGUCUCGAGCAUGGAUCUCUUUCCCAAGGGUUACAACAUGGAGGCUAUGAACAGUUCGCAGGAGGUUACGAGAGCAGCGAAGGUCUAAAAGCUUAUGCUGAAGCUCAACCUGAGUUGGGACAAUAUGGAGGUCAUAUACAGGUCUCGGGAGGCAGUGAAGAGAACAACGGAUACGGUCACUAUCAAUAAUAAUAUAGAUAUUACUCCGGGCACACAGUGAUUUAAUUAAUCUAAUUAUGUAAUGUCUUGCCUGUUGGUAUUACUAAGAUAAGUCUGUGUAAAAGCUAAAAUAUGUGAUCUUCGUGUGUAACGUACCUGAUCAAAAAUGUUGAUUUUAUUAGAAAUUUAUAGUGCAGAGCGCACAUGACAGUAAUUUACUAAGCCAAUGUAUACUUGAUAUGUGAUGGAAAAUUGUGUGUUCCUUUCUCUUGUCCCGAAUGUUAUGUGAAUUUGAGUAUUAUUAUGGGUUGACUCCCAGUGAAUUUGUGAUAUGUUAUUAAAUUGUUAAAUAAUUUGUA